CAACUCACGCUUUUGACGUUUCAUGCCCAAACCCGCCCAGGACAUGAUGAUCCCGCUGUGGAUUCUAGCCCUGACAUGUCUCUGUCUGUGUCUAUAGACCGGCACUGAACCGGCUCUCACUCCUCACUAACCCUGAGCUCAAGCACUUUAUGUACAGCUAGCAGAGUAUAUGUUGAAUAAUCUUAUGUAGAAUAGCCAAUUUACCUCUAUUUGCACAGAUAACUACCAAUAUGGCAACAGAAAGUUGUUUAAGCAGUUCUCAGAUCAACAAGGUUGACAACGAAAAACUGGUAAGACCCAAAGUACUGUUGAAAAGCCUGUUAGAGGAUGCAGGUGCAGAUAAGGAGGUUUUCACCAUGAAGGAGGUUAUGUUUUAUUUGGGGAAGUAUAUCAUGAGCAAGGAGUUGUAUGACAAGCAGCAGCAACACAUCGUACACUGUGGAGAGGAUGCUCUCGGGGCUAUCCUGGGGGUGAAAAGCUUCUCGGUCAAAGAGCCCCGAGCCCUCUUUGCAAUGAUCAGCAGAAACCUAGUUGCAGUGAAAAACCCAGAGACUCAGUCUACCUUCUCUGAACCCAGGAGUCAAAGUGAACCGGACAGAGGCCCUGGGGACACAGAUUCUGAUUCUCGCUCAUCUACCUCACAACAGCAGCGCAGGAGGAGGAGAAGCAGUGAUCCUGAAGGUUCCUCCACAGAAGAGGAGCCCCGAGAGUGCAGGAAGAGGCACAAGUCAGACAGCUUCUCCCUGACAUUUGAUGACAGCUUGUCAUGGUGUGUGAUCGGAGGCCUGCACCGAGAGAGGGGGAACAGUGAGUCUUCAGAGGCACAGAUCAAUCCUGAUGUAGGUGGAUCUCACAAUGAGAACAGUGAAGAGAGUGAGGACUCUGAAUUAGACUCUGACUCUGAUAACUUCAGUGUGGAGUUUGAGGUGGAGUCCAUUGAUUCUGAUGCUUACAGUGAGGACGAUGAAGAUUCAGUGCCUGGAGAAAAUGAGGUGUAUGAAGUGACAAUUUUUGCUGAGGAUGAAGACUCAUUUGAUGAGGAUACUGAGAUAACCGAGGCAGACUACUGGAAGUGUGCCGAGUGUGAUGAGCUCAACCCUCCUCUUCCUCGACACUGCAAAAGCUGCUGGACCGUUCGACCUGGCUGGCUUCCAGACACACAAAUAUGUGAAAACACACAAAAUGGCACAGAAGACACCAGCAUCACUACACCCCCCAGCACUGACAGCAACUCGCCCUCAAAUGCCAAACAGCUACCUUCCAAACCCUCCAGCCCUCUCCCAGAAACAGAUGAAGGAGUGGACGUACCCGACGGUAAGUGCUCGCAAUCUCCCGCCAUGGCCAAAGACGAUCUUCCCUCUGGCGCCUCCGGGUCCGUGACUGACUCUCAAAAUACAUCUUCCCAACCCUCCACCUCUUCAGGGGCCAGCAGCCAGGAAGAGACCCCUGAACUGGAGCGCUACAACAGCCUGGAGGCCUGUCUGCCCACCACCUGCCUAGAGCCAUGCGUCAUAUGUCAGAGUCGUCCCAAGAAUGGCUGUAUUGUCCACGGACGAACUGGACACCUUAUGGCGUGCUAUACCUGCGCCAAGAAAUUGAAAAACCGUAAUAAGUUGUGUCCGGUGUGCCGAGAACCCAUUCAGUCGGUCGUACUGACCUACGUGAGCUGAGGCACAGCAAAUAUACCUCGUCUUUGCUCUCAUGAAGUUUGGAAUGGUCAGAUGUUGCCUUGCCUUGUAUUAUAUGCCUUAUUAAUAUUUUGUGUGAAAGUCAAUUUGUAAUAUGUUUCUUAUUGAUUGAAAGAAUUUUAUUUAUAACUUUGACAAGCGAGGUUUCUCAAAUGCUGGGUUGCGAAUUCACACUGCUUAUGUUAUAGGGGUUGGGUUGAGUUUGGGGUAGAAACUUAACAAUUGUAAAGAUUACAUUUUGGAUUUGUAAUGAAUUCAUAACUAAUCAAAAUGUAUAAAUAUUAAAGAGUAUAACUAUUUUUGUGAAUUGCUCAUAAGCAUCUUGAUUAUAUAAUUGUUAAUUUAUGUUCAUGCUGAUGUGUAGUUUUCCUCUGAUAUUAUUGUAAUUUCAGUUGUUUGCUACAAUUAAUUGUUCCUGAGUUGUUAGUUAACCCCCAGUUGCUGAAAGUCUUGCAAGAGUCGCAUGCCUCCUUUCUCUCACCGUGUUUAUUUGGAGUCCCUCAGAAACCCUACACCUAUCCGAAAACCUAACCUUCCACUAAGUCUAAACAUAAACAUAACCUAACAGUGAAUGAGACUCUCACGAGACUUAAGCUGCUGGAAGGUUACCUUCUAGACACAGCGGAGUUGGAGCUCUUGAGAUGACCCUUUAAAACUGUUGUUCCUUAAAGGAAUUGCACCAUUUUCUGCUGCAAAGACUCUAUCCUAUAUUUGAGUGAAGCAUAAUAAAUGAUAAUUUUGAUGCUCUUCUUCGUUUCUACAGUGCCAUUGAAUUUCAGCAUUUCUUCCUCGAUUUUUAAAGAUUUUGAUUUUCUUUAGUGUAAUGGGUUUAAGAGUAAACAGUGGGCAUGGGGGUUAAUGUGACUGGUGUCAGAUUUGUACGCUAUUAUUUGUUGAGCCGUACACAGUGGUCACCUAGAGAGCUUUGGUCACCAGGGAACCCACUUUU